UAACACCGAAGCCCAGAAUUGGACACUCGUGCCGGCCCUGAGGGCCCUGUAGGACCAUGUGGGGUCUGCUCCUGCACCACUUGGCAUGGAGGAGGAGAGUACAAGGUGUGCAACCCAGUGCCUGGCUCCAGAGAUGUGAGGGACAGGAAGUGGCUAUGCCCACCUGCCUGUCAUCCCACACAAACCUGUCAGAUGAAGUCACUUCUCUCCAGGAGCGCAGGGAGGCCCAACCUAGCUUACUGGAGCUCUGUCCUCAUGGAAGGAAAGCUCAUGAGUGGGCAAGCUACCCACAUCGCCCACCGCCACAGGGGAAGAGGCAGGGAUGAUGUAAGCCUGGGCAAGUCCGUCAUCCUUGACAGUUGGCUUCCCAGUCACACUGAAGACACACAGCAGGGCCAUGCACUGGAGCCCAGCUCAGCUCCUGCACCUCUUGGCCUAGCCAGUCAUUCAAAAGAAUGUCUGCGGACACCUGUACACCAGGGGCCUGUUGGUGGAAAGACACAACGACAAGCAGCCCAGGGUAACCAUGGCGUAAGCAAGCUAAAUUCUCCAUGUAAAAGUCAAGUGGGUUGCCUGGGGUUGACUAAAGGACCCAGGGUCCUUUUAGUCUGUCCCCUAUUGUAGUGGUGCCCGGAGGCUGUGCCAGCUCCAGCCAUCGCGUCUUUAUUGCAGUGAACAGGAAGGAGAAAGGCAGAGGGCAGUUCCCUCACCGUUCUGCUGAUACCCCACUAGCCAGAACUGAGUUCGUGUGGUACAUUUGUGCAAAGGCACUGAGGAAGGCAGCCUUGCUCUGCGUAGCCAUGUGCCCACUAAAAUUCAGGGGUUCUGUAUCUGAGCAAGAAGGGAGAACCAAUAUUGAGGGACAGAAGCAGGCUCUGAUUCAGACCUUGGGAGAAGGGGAGCACAUGGCAGGUCCUUCCAACUCCCUGAGGGUAAGGCCUGGGCUCGGAGGGAAGGCAGAGGGCGAACUUGGGAGUUUUGGAGCAGACUGGACUCACUUUUUAAAAGCUGAGAGUGACCGGAAAGGUAAAGGAUGUGUGAGAGGUCAUAGAAGAAGUUGGGUGCUGUGAGAGCAUAUGGGUCAAGGCCAUCGUUAUGGUUGAACUGUGUCCCCCAAAAGUCACAUAUUGCAGCCCUAACCCCAGGAUCUCAGAGUACGCCUGCAUUGGGAAAUAGGCCUCUGGAGAGGUGAUUAAGUUAAAACGAGGGUGGGCCUUGACCCAACCCGACUGGUGUGCUGUUAAGAGAUGAGGACACAGGUGGGUGCAGAGAGACCACAUGAGGACACAGGGAGAAGACUGCUGUCUGCAAGUCCAGGAGAGAGGCCGUGGGACGAACCAGCCCAGCCCUUGGACUUCCAGACUCCAGGAUAUGGGACGAUAAAUGUCUAUUAUUUAAGCCGCACAUCUGCGGUGCUUUGUUACAACUGCCCAGCGAACUCAUGCAGUGUGGCUGGGAAAAGUAACCCAUCCGGUGCACGCCUCUGGAAUCCCAGGCUGUCCGGUGCUUGGGGCAUGGGGCUCAAAGGGAAGCUUGGGCUGGGGCUGCAGAGAUGGGGGACUGACCCCUCCUGGAGUGACAUCUAAAGCUAGACCCAGGAAUUCCCCAGAGAAGUGGAGGCUGAGCAGCAUGGCUCCAGGUAGCAGGCGAGGGCCAGAGGCUGGGGUUCUCAUGAACCAGGUUACCCAGAGUACGCAGUGUGAACUUGGGGUGGGGGGAUGGAGAUCGUGUAAGGCAGUGAGGUCGGUAGUUGUAGGAGGCUCAAUGGAGGGGAUGGGAGGGUGCGGGUACACUGCCAAACCACCACAAGUCACCUCCCUGUGGAAGAAGGGUGCCUGGCCCAGGCUGUGCUCCUGAGCAGAGGGCAGCCACAAGACACAAGAGUCCAGAGGACACCCCAGGUUGGCUUGGGGCAGAGAGUGGUAAUGAGGCUGGCCAGGAAUUCCAGGGUUCCCUGGGCUUUGGGCACCUUGGGAACCCAUCACAAUGGCCUCAAUUCCGGGGGCAAUCUGAACUGCAGUCCUGGUGAGCAGCGGGGGCAGGUGGUGCAGAGGGCCACCAUGAAGAUGCGGAGUGAGGACGAUGUGGACAAGCAGACCCAGGAGCUGAAGACCAUCACUCGGCUCCAGGAGCAAUGCCGGGCGCUGCAGAUCCAGGCAGUGAAGGAGAAGACGGUCAAGAACAGAGCGACCCUGGCUCUCCUGCGCAAAAACAUCCGUCAUGGGAUCCAAGAUGGGGCUUUGGCCAAGAAGUAUGACCAGCAGACCAUCUCCAAGGCCUGCGGGAAGGACAUGCCCACGAGGUUGGCGCACUGCCGCUGCACCAUGGAGGUGGCGCGGGAGAAGUUGCGCAAGCACGUCUUCGACCGCGUGAACGUGCACAACGUGCUGCUCCACCUGGUGCGACUGCGCGGGAAGCAGCUAGAAAGCAAGCAGCUAGAGCUGGCCAGCCUGCAGAACCAGCCCGACGCCUCCAAGGAGCAGCUGCGCUUGCUGCAGGUUAUCCGCCAGCUGGAGAACAACAUUGAAAAAACCAUGAUCAAGAUCACCACGAGCCAGAACAUCCACCUGCUGUACGUGGAGCUGCUGGAUUACCUGAAGAAAGAACUGGCCGGAUACCCCACAGAGCUGGACAAGCUGCAGAACCUCGUGGUUGACUACUGCUCAGAACUAUCGGAUAUGACAGUCAUGUCCCAAGAUGCCAUGAUGAUUACGGAUCAGGUCAAGAUGAACAUGAGGCAAAAGGAGGCGACCUUCAUUGAGGAGCGCCGGGCACGGGAGAACCGGCUCAACCAGCAGAAGAAGCUGAUUGACAAGAUCCACACCAAGGAGACCAACGAGAAGUACCGUGGCCGGACCGACUUGAAGUUCUCCAAUUUGAUGAGCACAGAGACGCUGAAUGUGAGGAAGAGAGAGACCUCCAAGGAGGACAUCGAAUACCAGACGUACCUGACUGCUUUGGUGGAGAAAGUCAAGACCACUGUGCGGUGCUCCCACCUCUGGGACAUCACAGGCCAGUUCCUGGCUCAGAGGAACACGGAGGACAACCUGGAGCUGCAGAUGGAGGACUGUGAGGAGAGACGGAGUCAGCUGGAGGCGCUGAUGAAGAAGCUGGAAGCAGAGGAGACACUGCUCAAAUUCCACCAGACACCCAGCUCCGUCAGCUUUAAGUCCAUCCAGGAGAAAAUGAAGGACAUGCUGGGCAAGGAGGAGGACAGGCUCCGGCUGGCCCACACUAACAUGACCAAGAGCCAGAAGCUGCUGCUGACCAUCCAGACGGGCAUCGACAACCUGUACCUCCGGCUGAUGGGCAUCCCCCUGCCCGGAGCCCAGGUGCUGGCCCAGUGGGGAACAGGGCUUGUCCCCCCCCCCCAACAGCGUUCCUGGGAGAUGAGCCCCUCCUCCUGUCUGCAGAAGGAAGCGGUGCCCCCCGACAGCCUGGACGUGCACAGCAAGCUGGCGUACUGCGAGGGGAAGCUGCUGCAUCUGGCCAAUAGCGUGCAGAUGUUGUCCAGGACUGAGGAGGUAGCCCUGGGCCAGGGAUGGGGGGGCGCCUACUCGUCCCAUGUCCCCCUGGAGCUGACAGUCCACCGUGUCCUGCAGGUCAACACGAAGGUGAGGGAUGCCCUGGAGUCUUCGACUCUGAAGGAGAAGCAGAACACCAGGAUAAGCUUUGAGGACCUGGAGGAAGAUAUAAUAGGCACUGUCUCAGGGCUGGGGUACUGGGCUGCCCAGCGUGGGGAGUGGAUGUGGGAAACCUUUCAGUUCGCGGACAUGGACCAGAGCUACGUGCCCUCGCGGGCCGAGAUCAAGAGGCAGGCCCAGCAGUUGAUCGAGGAAAGCCUCAAGAUAAGUAAGAAGAAGAAGAAGAAGAAGUGACCCCCGGAAGGGGGAACCCUGCCUUGGCCCCCAGCUCCCUCCCCCAUGCCGGCGCUUUGUUACACAAAUAAACAUUUUUCCAGGACUGCUGGAGGCACCUGGGGUGGCGGGGAGACAGGAGUCUCAGAAAGUGAACUUGGGUGACGCAAAUGUGGGGGAUCACGUUGCGAAGACUGCGGGAAGUGGGGUGCUCGGCAUGGACCCCCGGAGUCGAGGGGUGAGAGUGAGAAAAAGGGUCCAAACGGAGAUGCGGACAGAGCUGUGAGCUGCUCCGAGGGCGGGACCGCGGAAACCGGGGUCCGACGCUCGGGUCUGUCUGCGUCUGCGCCGCGCCCGCCACACAAGUUUGACUCUCACCGCGCCCUGUAGCUAUGCGCCUGGGUCCGCGCAUGCGCAUCGCCGCACCUUUUGAUCCUCGCGGCUCCCGGUAGCCGCGCGUCCCGCUGAGCCGGCGCCAAGAUGGCGGCGCUGACGGGCGGAGGGCUGCCGUGCCGGGGGCCGCUGGGGCCGGAGUGGAGCCGCUGCGGCUGAGCCUCC